CGCAUCUCCACCAUGCUGUCGUGAGUGUUGUUCUCAGUACGCGUGUGGAAUGGCACGGGGAUUUAACUGUAUUAUUUCAUCGGAGUGCGAUUUCUAGACGUGAAAAUGACUUUAUGACGCAGGUCAGUGACUAAUGUGUGUAUUUAGUGGAGCUGUUUGUUAUAUCAACGCCGCAGAGACGCAAUUUUAGUGGUAAUAUUGUCGGGUGUCUUUCGGUGGGAACAUGGCGGAGCAAACAGAUGUUGUGAUGGCCAGUGUUAGCCCUUCGACAGACACUACUGGGACGUCCUCGUGGGCUGGCAUUGUUGGUGGAGGAAAGAAUGAUGCUCCUGGAGAUGAUACGAAAGCUGUAGUGGAAAAUAAAGUAGUAGAUAGUGAACCGAGAGAGGAGGCAGCUGAGCCUAAAGUAGCCGCGAGUCCCCCGAAGCCCAAGGAGGCGACGGAUCCCCCGAUGGAUGAACUGGACCCGGCUGAGCUCUCACAGUUCACAGAAAUUCGUAAUAAGAAGGAUCGGUUAAAGAAAAGGGACAACUAUAGGGGCGGGAGGAGGGGAGGCCGUGGAGGCCGCAGAGAACAUGGUGAGUGGGACCCCAGACCCCAGGGGGAGAGGAGUGAGGCCGCCAGCAGGGGCCGAGGUAAGCGUUUUGGCAAAGAGGCACCCGUCAAGGUAGCUAAUGGUCCUGUAGCAGGAGAAGUAGAGGCAGAAGUUGUGGAAGAGGCAGAGUCCGUGGCAGAGCCCGAAGCUGAAGAGGAGAAGGUCCAGUAUGUGCCGGCACCUGCACCCAGCGUCAACAUUUGGGAGAAGCGGCAGGGGGGACCUCCUCCACCUGGCCCUGUCUUCACCUCUGCAGAUCCACCACCCGGCGGUGCCGUUGAGCCAGUGAGCGAGAAGGAAGUCCCCGCGCCGGCCCCAGUGUCGCCUCCUGCAGCAGCCCAGCGUGGCGUAGUGGUGGCGCCCGCCGUCGUGUCCCCCGGAGGGGUGGCGAAGGAGACGCCCACGCCCUCCCAGCCCACUUCCCCCGCAGCUGAACCCAUGCCUGCCAACCCUGUUCUGAGCAACACAGCUGUGAGCGCCCAUACUCCAGCCCAGCAGGCUCCUCCUGCCAGCCAGCCCGCUGUCAAGAUUCCAAAAUCUGACAAGAAUAAAUCCAAAAAAGAUAAUGACAUUCCUGAUGUAGCAGGCUGGCCAACCUUGGUAGAAGUACAGCAGGCACAAGAGGCCAUUCACUUCAGUAAUAAUGCUAAAACUGAAUGGAGAAAAAGUGAGGAGAGAAAGAUAAAGGAUGUAGACAGAUCUAACAAGGAGCACGAGAUUGAGAAAUCUGAAGACUCGGGUUCACAUGACGAUGAUUCGCUCAAAGAGAACCGUGAAGCCUCUGCACCUCAGACCAACAACAAUAACAACAAUAAACUCCAGCAGCCUAAUAAUGCUUCCACCAAAGCUGCCAAGAAUAAGAAGAAUAAAAUCAAGAAGCAGAACUGGAAGCGACUAGACAUCCCACCCCCAAAGCGAGAGAAGGGUUUCAGACGAACCGAGGGACGUGCCUCAGACUCCCUGGACUGGCGUGCAGACUCACGGGCAACCAGCAAUGCUUCAAGGGGCCGUGGCAGUGGUCGUGGCGGCACAAUCAGAGGAAGAGGCCGAGGGAGAGGAGGUGGCCGAGGAGGAGGAGUAGGAGGAGGAGGGAGCGUAGCAGGGGUAGGCAAUGGACAAGUUGGUGGACGGGGCACCUUUAGGAGCCCCUCGACUGAACCAAAAUGGUCUUUUCCUUCAUAUUUCAGUGAGUACUACUUCAGUGACGAGAAUCUAGCCAGUGACAUAUUCAUGAGACGGAAGAUGUCCAAAGAUGGCUACAUCCCUGUGUCACUCAUUGCAUCAUUCAAUCGCAUGAAGCAACUUACCCAAGAUGUUAAGUUGAUCAUUGAUGUAUGCAAAACUUCAGACAAACUCCAAGUUAAAGACGAAGUGUGGCUGAGGACCAAACAUGACCCCACCAAGUGGCCCUUGGAGGAUGCCGCAGCUGGUCCCCUACAGGCUCAGCUGAAUGCUCUGGCUCCUCCUGUUUCUCCACCAGCCAGUGUCACCCUCACCACCCCAGCCAGCAUUCCCACCUCAUCAGAAACUCCUCAAGUGCCAGAUACUGCCGUCCCGCUCUCCCCGUCGACUGCCAUGAUGAAUCCAGAAGUCCCAGAGUUUACACCCUUACAACCAGAGCUGGACCCUGCCCAGCCUGAGUUUGUCCCAGCACAACAGAAACCUGUCACCCCUGUCAACAAAACAGAACCAACGAGAAAUGAGAAUGAUGUGUCUGGAACAGUGAGUGUAAAAGAUGACCAAUGGAAGGAGGUAAAGCGAAAGACCCGAAUGCGACGAGAUAGUGAGGGCAAAGACAAGGAGGUGCAGGCACCAACAAAACAUCCAGUCGCUGAAAAGCCCAGCAGCAACAAGAGCACUCGGGGAACUUCUCAGGAACCUUUUGGCUCAAGCAAAGACACAAGGGAAGAGUUGGAUUUCCAGUUUGAUGAAGAGCUGGACAGUUUGCCCAAAGCUGGAAGACAACAUGACUUCAGUGAAUGGUCUGAUGAUGAAGAGAGUGACUAUGAAAUCAGUGACCAGGACGUCAACAAACUCUUGAUUGUGACACAGUCCCCGCCAUCUGUCAUUGGUGGAACUUCUAAUAGACCAGCUAAGCAUGAUGGAUUUGACCGAACAGGAGACUGGACGACACGAGUGAAGAUCACCCAGGAGUUGGCCAAAGUCAUCAAUGAUGGGUUGUAUAAUUAUGAGCAAGACUUGUGGGAGGGCAAUGAAUGGUUCCCCAAGUCUGCUGACGCACAAAAUGCAGCUAGAAUGCAACAGGUGACGAUGAUCAGUCAAGAGGUGAUGGACUCCUUGCGUCCCAACAACCCGCCUGUCCCUGCUAACCAAGAGGUCCCUCCCCCUCCCCCUCCCCUUCACCUCAUCCAGGGUGAGGAAGAAAUCCUUGAUGAAAAUGUGCCACCAACUCCGAAGACACCAAGAUCUCGCAAAGCUCCUCGCUUCUAUCCUGUGGUGAAGGAGAAGGCCAACGUGGACCAGAGAACGCCCAGAAAAAAGAAGACACGUCACUCUCACAAUCCUCCUGUCGAAAGCCACGUUGGUUGGGUCAUGGAUGUUAAAGAACACAAACCACGCACAAGCUCAAUAACGGACUUGAAUGCUAGUCCAAAUGAAAACCAGCUGUCCAGUAGUUGGGGCAGCUCGUACGGAUCUUAUGGCUCUCUACCCGGCUCAAUACCCACUUUCCAGCACCCUUCGCAUUCUCUUUUGAAAGAAAAUGGCUUCACUCAGCAAGUUUACCACAAAUAUCGUGCACGAUGCCUUAAAGAACGCAAAAAGCUUGGAAUUGGACAGAGUGCGGAGAUGAACACACUCUUCCGCUUUUGGUCAUUCUUCUUAAGAGAACACUUCAACAGGAAAAUGUACGAGGAAUUCAGAAGGCUAGCGAAUGAAGAUGCUAAAGUCGGUUACAGAUAUGGGUUAGAGUGCCUCUUCCGCUUCUUCAGUUAUGGACUAGAGAAGCACUUUAGAGAUGAAAUCUACAAUGACUUCCAAGACGAGACUCUGCAGGAUGUACAGUCUGGCCAGUUGUAUGGACUCGAGAAGUUCUGGGCAUUCCUCAAAUAUUAUAAAAAUGCUGGAAACCUUCAGGUGAAAGAUGAUCUGAAGCAAAGACUGGCUAAGUACAAGAGUAUUGAGGAUUUCAGAGUUGAAAUGCCAGAAGAAUAUGAUGCAGCAAGGGAAGCCAGAAAGGCACGUGUUCGCACGAGAUCAGAGAAUGAAAGCUUCAGAGAAUAUGACAGCCAUCACAGAUAUGGGAGUAAUUCAGGAGGCUCAAGAAGGCGCCAGCGACGUGCAUCAGAAGGUGACGGAGAUCCAGGACAGGCCAACUACUACUACUAUAACCAGUAUCCUAGGUCCAGAAAUAGCUCGGGAGGAAAUACUACGUCAAAGGUGAGCAGAUCUCGAAGUCGACAUUCAAGCGGACAGACACAACGGCAAAGAGCAGAUGGUGGGAACUACAAAAAGACUAAGGCAACUGCACAGCACAAGGCUAGUUCCAAUACCAACAAGACACAACAGCAAGCACAAGGCCAGUCAAAGACAGCAGAAAACAAGAGCCAAAAUCAAGUCAAAGUCAAGCUAGACUUGAGUAAAAUAGAAACAGGCACUAAAGCAGAGUCAACGAAAGCUACGUCGUCAACACAGACUAGUAAAGGGAGUACUAAUGCUAACACAAAGUUAGGCACUGCCAAACCCGAGAGCUUAACAAAGGGAACAUCCGAAGUGAGCAAGCCAGCAGGUGCUUCAGUUCCCCGGAAAGUGAUUCCCAAAACUGCACCAGUUCCAGUUCCUCAGUCUCCAACCACAUCCAGUUAAACAUGUUACACAAGAACUAGUAGAUGGAUGGCCACUUAAGGAUUUUGUGCAUUAUUAAAGACAGAAAUUAACAAAAAAAAAAAAGUUUGCAUAUGUGAAAGUUCGUGAGACUGGUUUACCCGUGACAUAAUAGUGAGAUGUAGUGUUAACAAAGUAAAUGAAAAUGAUGUGUAAAAAAAAAAAAAGGAAGGUUGAUGUCUCUCUUGCUUCAUGUGUUCAUUAAUUGCAUUGGUUGCAGCGUAUAUAUGACUUUGAAUCAACCUGAUAAACUUGAUGUGGGUAUUUGGUGGUCGGCAUUCAGAUUUUCUCCCUCAUUUGUAAGUCCUCUUGAAGUAUGAUUCCAAAAUCCCUUUUUACCCUUAUUUGUUUUCUUGGAUGUCCAGUUGUUCUGCUGCUGCUGUUGUGAAGAAGACAGUUUUUACGAAAGACUUGCUACUGCAUGAAAUUUGAGUUGAAAAGACCUAACUUACAACAAAUUGCACCAUACUUCCUAUGGACUUCUAAUAAUUUAAGGAUUAGAAUACGAGGAUAAAGUCAUAUAUGUAAAUAUUGGAUUGUUUACUCAUUAAUACAAGUUUCAUGUACCAGAUGAUAAGAAAAACUUGAUUAAGUUACUUCAGCAGAGCUGUUUAUGGUCAUAUAUAUAUUUAUAUAUGUGUGUUUGUGUAUGUAUAUAAAAAAUGAUUAGAUAUUUGCUAACCACUACUUGGAAUAUGCAGAGCCCAUAAAGGAAAAUGUAGGGAAAAAAAUAUUAACCUAAAACAGAAAUUUGUAAGAACCAGUCUAAGCAAAGGCUUGUUGAAAUCUGUUGCAACCUGCCAUCUUUACAAGGAACAGACAGAAGAUGACCAUCUUUCAACCUCUUAAGACGAAAAGCUCGUGGCAAUGGAUCUCAGCAUGCCAUGAGACCUCCCCAGCAGCCUUUCUUUUUUUCCUUUUUUUCUUUUUUCCCCUUAUUGUUGGUUUUUCCUCUUCUCUUUUGUUUUUUUUGUUUAGGGAGUCGUCUUGUAUGAGUGUUAAAGGCUUUUGAGUGCAUCAGAUCCUUAUAGUCAGACACUGACAAAAUUACUUCUGAAUAUAUAAAGGCAUAUAUAUAUAUACAUAUAAUCAUGUGAUUCUUUCAUUCACAAAAAAUAUUAGGCUGAUUCUUCCUGCUGGGGAAGUUAUAUGUUUUGACUUGAUCAGCGGCUUGUGCCUUAAUUAGUACCUCAGCAAAGCUCAGUUUCCCCAUAGACUAUGAAAAGUAGAAAGCCCUAUUGAUGUACUUUCUGAGGAACACAAUUCCUGAUCCAGUCUCAAUAAGUAGAUGGGUAUAUUUCUGUUGAUAAUGUGUGCAUGUCUUACCCGAAUUCAGCUGGAAUUGUAGCAAAAAGUAUUUAACUUAGAAGAAGGAAAAAAAAGAAGCAAAAAUUCUUAUCAAUAUAUAUUUAUUGAAGUGUUAUGAAAGUAGGUGCUCAUUUCAUCAAGAUGUCUCUUAGCUUGAGAUUUCUGCAGAAUGGAAUGUUUUCCAUCAUGUUCUGAGAGGUUGAUUACUUCCUAGGUUUAUUUUUCUAAUGUUUGUAGGCGUUAUAUGUCUAUCUGGCGAGUUUUCUAAAGAUAUUAUUUGCCUUUUUAUCUGCAGUUUGGCUCUUCAUGGUACAUUAAGCUUAUCAUCCUAUUGUUGUUAUUUUGGCAAAGGUAUUUUACAUGGGAAGUCUCAUUAAAACUUACCUUCCCUGUUGUACAUAGCUGUUUGGUAAGUGUCAGAAUCUGUAUGGUAGCAAUGAGGUUGCUAUGCAAAUGCAACAGUAAAGAAGUGCUUCUGGUAGAGGGGGGGGAUAGUUCAUGGUGUCAGUGGAGGCUACACCAUUGAGCGGAAAGGGUUUGGAGUUUGCCUACCUUCUGCAACUUGGAAAGUGAUAACAUUAUGAUAGAUUAUGGUUUUAAUUAUUCUUAUUAUUUUUGUUACUUAUUGAUAUUUAUUAUUAUUGCCAUUUUUCAUUAAUUUUUUUCCUGUGUACCACACAGACUUUCAGAGGCAGAGAUGAUUUUUUUUAUGAAUGGUCAUAAAUAUUCAUGCUUAGUACAUAUUUAAAUAGAUUUGAGUUUAGAUGUUAGAAUUGACAUUUUUGACUCAAAUUUGAAUUUCUAGAAGUGUAAAAUAAUGUGGUCAUAAUUUAAGAAUAACUUAGGGUAAUGGUGUAGCUUCACACCACCUCUGUUGUUAAUUAUAAUGUAUGGUUGCAUUUAAUUAUAUUUUGUUGUAAUUUGUUUUGGAUUGGCUUAAAAGAAAAAAAAGUACAAAAAGUUUAAAUUAAAAAAAAUUCUGUUAAAAGACGCGCGGAUGAAUUUCUUGAGUUUGUUUUGUGUGUCAAAGAAAUGCAUUUUGUUGAUUUAUUCAUUGUAACAAUAAAAAAGAAAAAAAACGCUCAUGUAUAGUAAGGUAUAGGGAUAGUACAUUGUUACAUUUGGGUCAUUUGUAUUGUGUUUCUUUUCCUUUUUUCUUUUUUCUUUUAUUCUCUCUUUCUCUCCCUCUCUCUUUCUUCUCUCUCUCUCUCUCUCCUCUCUCCCUUCCUUCAUUAAAAUCAUGCCAAAUUGAGUGUAGUAUAUUUACCAUGGUCACUUGUCCUUUACUUUAAAGCUUACAGCUGUAACCUAAGUGAAUUAUAAGGUCAGAAAAUCAAUAAAAAAUCUUUAAAUACA